AUGACGGUCCUGCUGCUGCAGGGUCGCGUCCUCGUGACAGUGUGGAGCCUUUGGCUGGCAUCGGGAAGCAACGAAACGGGCAUCGGCGAGGGCAGGCACGCGAGCCAGUGCGGUGAAUACAGCAACCAGGCGACAGCGAACGGCACGUGCCGGCUGGUGGCCACCGUGCCGCAGCUGGAAGGCCGGCGCUGCCCGGACCUGUUCCGCUGCACGGACGAGGUCUCCUACUGGCUGCACGAGAAUGAGGAGCACAAACAGCAGAUGGCAGACCUCAAGGAGACAAUCUCUGAGCUCCAGGAGGAGCUGCGCAACCAUCGGCAUCGCAUCAACGUCCUGGAGCUACAGCAUGAAGAUAAGAACAACCUCAACUUGUCUGUGGGGCAAAGGUUCCACGCCCUGGAGCAGCGGAAUACAGAGGCCGGCACUCUGCUUCACAUCCAUGGCGCCCUCAUCUACGACAUGCAGAUGCAGUUACGCAACCUCUCCGUGCUGGUGGAGAAGGUGCAGCGCAACCCCGGCUGCAUGAUCAACAUCAUCCGCACCAGCCCCCUCCUCAGCACCCAGGAAGCCCUGCAUCCAGAGGUCCAACAUGUGAGAAAUUGCCCUAUUGACUGCGCCUCCCUUUACUACAAUGGGGUGCACACCUCUGGAAUCUAUAUUGUGGUUCCUUCACUGAGGACAGUGCCAGUUGAAGUGUUUUGUGACAUGGAAACUGAGGGUGGUGGGUGGACAGUGAUCCAGCGACGUCAGGAUGGCUCAGUAAACUUCAGCUGCAGCUGGAAGGAGUACAGGGAAGGUUUCGGGGACCUGCAGACAGAGUUCUGGCUGGGCAAUGAGCAUAUCCAUGAGAUAUCCAGCCAGGGAGACUACAUGCUGCGCAUUGAUCUGGAAGACUGGAAGAGCAAGCACAAGCAUGCCCUCUACGAGAACUUUCGCGUGGGUGAUGAGGAGAGCGGCUACCGCCUUCGUGUGAGUGGCUUCAGUGGCACCGUGGAGGACAGCUUCAGCUGGUACCACGACAAGCAAAGCUUCAGCACCCCCGACAUGGGGAACAUGUGUGCUGAGAUCGCGCAUGCCGGCUGGUGGUACCAUCACUGCUUCUACGCCAACCUCAACGGGGUGUACUACAAGGGUGGUCGUUACUCAGCCAACGGAAAGAAUCUGCUGGGUCCAAAUGGCAUCGUAUGGUACUCGUGGAAGGACUCGGAUUACUAUUCACUCAAGAAGGUGAGCAUGAUGAUCCGCCCGCGCACUUUCCGGCCACGCCUGUCUCCAUGACAACCAAAGCACCGCCCCCCCUUUGGCCGUAAUGGCCGAAGACGACAGUGAUAAUCAAGGUCACAGCAACGGCACUGCGGCAGUCUGGACUUAUCUGUCGACUUCCUGGCUGAUAAUUCUGAGGAUGAGAACACAGCUGCCGCUGUUUGCUGUGGAAAAUAGCUGAAAACAUUUUACAUUUUGCCUAGAGAAUGCCGGCAGUUAAGUCUUUUGUUUGUCAGCUGAAUGCUUCUAACUGCAGGCUAAUGCACUUUAAAAUUCUGAAGAAAAAAAAAAUGAAAAGCAGGCUGGAAAAGCUGUGUCAAAAAAUAAUGAAAAUUAAAUACUUAUAAAAGGGUGAUGGAUAUAAUUGAAGGCAGUUCAACAUGGAAUAGUCUCCAUCUGCACAGUUCUACAUACUACUUCUGUGUGUUACAUUAUCUAACUCACACGGCUAAUGAUGUAUGUUAUGUAAUAUUCUUGCAGGCAUUGUUGGCUGUUGAAAACUGUAUCUCUGUAAAUAGUUUAUUAUGCUUUCCUUUGUUAGGGCGGUAGAGGUUGCUCCAAGCAGUGUUCUCAGGGUAAACUUGUAGGGAUUUAAU